AUGUCUGGGGUUGAGAACUGGUUAAUGAUUGAUGUAAACUUGUUGGAUAAAAAAUUCAUCUACAGUGAGAGAGCGGAUGCUUACAGUUGUACUCCAUGUGUAGAGGGUUACUGGUCUGAUGAAAUGAGCAUAAUCUGCAAAAAGCGCACUAUUGUCUAUCUUCAACUCGAGGACCCUCUGUGCAUGUUAUUCUUCGUAUGUGCUGUGGCCUUCAUUGUUGUCUCCAUUGGACUCAUAAUCCUUUUUGGCAUCAACUACAACACUCCUGUGGUAAAGUCUGCUGGUGGUAAUAUGUGCUUGCUUAUGUUAUUUUGUUUGAUUCUGGCCAACAUUGGGGUGUUCUUUUACUUUGGAGUACCAGACCCAGUGAAUUGUGUUUUAAGGAAUGUCUUUUUCAUAUUUUUCUACACUAUUUGCCUUUCUUGUAUGGGUGUACGUUCCUUUCAAAUUGUUUGUGUCUUCAAAAUGGCUGCCCAGUUUCCAGAUGUCUAUCACUGGUGGAUGAAGAACAAUGGUCAGUGGCUCUGUAUUAAUGUCUACUCUUUCAUACAGCUUGUUGCUUGUGGGAUAUGGCUUCUAACUGGAAGACCCAAACCCUACAAUGACAGUACUUCUUUUAAAGAUCAGACUAUUUUGACAUGUGAUAUGGGAUCAAUGGUCACAUCCACCUUGGCUUGGUCUUGUCUCUGGUUUCUUAGUAUAGUCUGUUUCUGUUUCUCCUACAUGGGCAAAGAUCUUCCAAAAAGCUACAAUGAAGCGAAGAACAUCACGUUUAGCUUGCUCGUAUUUUAUCUGGGCUGGAUUGCAUAUUUCACAGCGUACAUUGUGUUCAGAGGAGCUUACAUACAGCUUCUUAAUGCAGUUGCACAGCUGUCCAGUUCAUAUGGAAUUGUUAUAAGUUUCUAUAUGCCAAGGGCCUACAUCAUUAUUUUCCAACCCAAAAAGAACACCCAGGCAUACUUUCAGUCAUCAAUCCAGACAUAUACACAGACUCUUAGCAGAAUGUAGUCUUAAAAAUCAUAACCAAAUAUCCACUGAAUUCUAUGGGACAUUUUCUGGUCUUCUUGUUUCAGUAAUGAUCAAUUAUUAAGUAAUUGUCUGUAAUUAUAAAUAUUAAUCAUUCUUUAAAUUCUUUAAAGUUAAACAAGGCUCUUGCUUGUUUGUAGUACUGAUAGCCUGAUCAUUGUUCAUUGCAUUUAAAGAAUAAUCACCAAAAUAUAGUUUGUCAGCAUCAAUAAGUAAUGCUUGCUUGUGAUCUGCUAGUAUUGGUCUGUAAAUAUUGAUGUACAAUUUUGUUCUUUCUUGUUUAUUGCACUUUCUUAAUAAUGCAUUAUUGUAACAGAUAUGUUAGAGAUUUUGUAAUACAGAUAGGUUGUAUGUUUUAAACAAGAUAAUAAAGGAACAAAAU